GAGCAUGUUGGAGCCGGGCUCUCGGCUGCGCGCUUCUUGGCAGCUUCUUCCCAGAAGGGCCCCCUCCCCGACACCAUGAUCAACAUCACAGAGCUGCAGAAGAUCGGCGUGGGCACAGCUGGCUUCGGCGUCUUCUUCAUCCUCCUCGGAAUCCUCCUGUACUUUGACUCCGUGCUCUUGGCCUUCGGAAACCUGCUGUUCCUGGCCGGCCUCUCCCUCAUCAUCGGCCUGAGGAAAACCUGCUCUUUCUUCUUCCAGAGGCACAAGCUCAAGGCCACCAGCUUCUUCCUGGGGGGCGUGGCCAUUGUGCUGCUGCGCUGGCCCCUCCUGGGCAUGGCCCUGGAAGCCUACGGGUUCAUCAACCUCUUCAAGGGUUUUUUCCCUGUGGCCUUCGGCUUCCUGGGCAAUGCUGUCAACAUCCCCUUCCUGAGCGCGCUGUUCCGGAGGCUGCAGGGCGGCAGCAGCUCCAUGGUCUGAAGAGCAGAGACGAAGCAGCUUCUCGAACUGGGGUCCCGGCUGAGGGGGCCAGGGAGACGGGUGCCCCUGCACUGCCUCAUCCCCGUCCUGCGAGCCCCCUCCAGAAGGAAGGACAGAGCUGAGGGCCCGAGCGAGCGUGGCUGACCGCCUCCCCCCCCCCCAGGCUGCCAGGACAGUGGGGAGUAGCAGCAGGGGCCCGGGGGUCAGGCCAGCCUGAUGUCACCCCCGUGGGGAUGGGCUUUGACCACCAUUGACCAGCGGUCCAG